AUGAGGACCUACUCGCGGCUCAAACGAGCAACUCAUUUUUCUUCUGAGCCUCCCGCCAAAAAACGUUGCAUCCUUGACGACGACGACGACGACGACGACGACGACGACGACAACGACGCCGACAACGACAACGCCGCCGCCUUAUUACCAUCUAGCGACGCCGCUCUCCUCCGCAGCGAUGUCGCCUGUUCUCCACCUCGCACCAGCCCACCCCGCGAAACCAGCAGCAGCACCGCGCUGCCCUCUUCAACGCCGCCCUCCUCCCCACCACCUCCAACACUCCAAGCAACCACCGAGCCUACGUCUCCGCUGCCGCUGCCGAAGCGCAAAACCACAUUCUCGUUUUUCGGGCGCAGAGCAGCAGCAGCAGCAGCAGCCACCACCAGCAACAGCACGCAGCAGCCACUAGCCGAACGCCGCAGCCCCAGCAACGUCCAAACCGGACCGGCAUCGCCGUCGUCAGCAGCAGCGGAAGCGACGACGACGACAACGACAACAACAACCUCGGACGGCAAAACGAGAACAACGGCGAAACCCGCCGGGCAGCGGCGGCAACGGCGCUUGACGCAGCUCCAGCUCGACCUCGGCGUCACCCCGGUCCAGCGCACGUGCAGGACGUGUGGGAUGGCGUAUGUGCCGUCGAACGCGGAGGACGCGGUGCUGCACAAGCGCUUCCAUGCGAUGAACGUUGGCGGAGUGGACGUGGGCAAAGGCUUCUUUUCGAGAAUCGCGGAAAAGGGUGGAGGGGGAGGGGGAGGGGGGGAUGUCGUUUGGGAGAAGGGCGUCGAUGGUGAUUUCGUGGUCGUUGUGGCGAGGAGGGGCAAGGCGGCGGCGAGAGCAAGGGUGAGGAGGGUGUUGGAGGUUGUAGAGAGGGAGUUGGGAGCGGUCGAGAUCCCGGAGGAUGAACUGUGGGGCCAGCUUGUCGUGGAUGGAGAGAUGGGGGGCAGACUUGCACGCGAAGAGGAAGACACCAGGAAUAGCAGAAGCGCGGAGGUUGACAAGGAACACACGCCCAAGCCGCAGAAGGGUUCAGACGGAGCCGGCGGGAACAGAGCGCAUGAGGGGGCUGUCAUGUGCGCUGACCGCUUCAAAGCAUACCUCUACGUCAGAAACUCGAAGUGCAUAGGCCUCUGCCUUGCGGAGCGCAUCACCGAAGCACACCGCGUCGUGGCUCCAUCAAAGGACGGCUUGAACCAGUCGCAAAAGCCAACCGUGACGAGCACGACGGACACCCCUCGACCUUUUCCUGACACUUCAACCACGCCAACAAGUACUCCUCAGGCGCUCACAACAUCGUCCACCACGUACCCGGCCGACCUCGGCAUCUCACGAAUAUGGGUCUCGUCCUCGUAUCGGCGCCAUGGAAUCGCCCUCGCGCUUCUCGACGCCACCGCUCACGAUUUCUGUGCUUACCGUUGCGAAGAAUACGACGGCAACGGCGGCGAGAACGGGAAGCGCUCAAUCAAAGAGCGCAUUGCUUUCAGCCAGCCUACCGACAGUGGAGCCAGGCUGGCGCGGAAGUGGUUCGGUACGGAGACGGGGUGGGGAGUGUAUUGGUGA